AUGGAGUCCGGGAGCUCGGUGCGUUUCGGCCACCAGGAGGUGGCGGCUGGCGGCGUGCACCCAGGUAACGGCGCUCAUCAGGUGAUCCCAGGCGCGGGCAUGACGAUGCCCCCCGGCAUGGCCUCUCUCCUGGUCGGCCGCCUCGGCAUGCAGGCGCCGCGUGGCAUGGCGCUGCCCGGAGGAGCCCUGACAUCCGCCGGGUAUGGCGGCAUCAUGUCCAGCGCUCUGCGCGCCGCCUGGAGCGGGGCUCAGCAGAAGCAGCCGCAGCAGCCCCAACAAGCGGGCGGCGGCAACGGCGGCUACAGGGCGCACCAGCACAAGGGGCCCUGGACCGAGGCGGAGGACGUAAUCCUCAGGGAGAUGGUGAUGAGGCACGGCGACCGGAAGUGGGCGGUGAUAUCGCAGUCCCUCCCCGGCCGGGUGGGCAAGCAGUGCCGCGAGAGAUGGACCAACCACCUGCGCCCGGACCUCAAGAAGAGCGUGUGGACCGAAGAGGACGACAUGGCGCUGAUGAAGGCGCACAAGCGCUGCGGCAACCACUGGUCGACCAUCGCCACUUUCCUCCCGGGGCGCUCGGAGAACGCCGUGAAGAACCACUGGAACGCCACCAAGCGAAGCCUCAAGGCCAAGCGCCGCCUCAAGAAGAAGAACAACGCGCAGCAGGUGCCUCCCGGCCAGUGGUCCAUCCUCGAAGAGUACAUCCGCAGCGUGUACCCUGACCUCGCCGACGGCGCCGCCCCGACCCCGCCGCCGGAGGAGGAUUCCCCUCCGUCGUCCUAUAACAACCUUGGGUCGUACUCGUACGGCGGCGAGGUGAUCAGCAGUCCACAAUCCUCUGCUGCUGCUGCUGCCGCCGCCGCCGCGGCGGCGGCGGCAGCACCGCCCGGCAGCGCCUUCGACCAGCUGACUGCAAUGGGGCUGUACCUGGGCGCGUCGUCGUCGUCCGCGCCGCCGUCGGCCAACCUGGGCGCGAUGAACUCCGACGCCGUGGCGCCGUUCCUGCAGCUGGACCUCAACACCUACUACGGCGCCGCGCCGACAAUGCAGCUCAUGGCUCCGAUGGUGCCGCACAUGAUGGAGCAUGAUCACCACCACCACCACCAGGCCGCUGCUUCCUACGCCGCCGCCAACCUGAUCACAUACCCCUUCGUCGACAACAUGAUGUGGCACUCGCCGUUCACUGCCCACCAUGCCAGCUCCACCUACGGCGGCGACACAGGAGGUGCCGGCCCCAGCAAUGCAGGAGGUGCCGCCGUUCCGGACGACGUCGACGUCGUUCAGAUGGCCUCCAGGGAGUUCCUGACGCCGUCUGAGGACGAGGUCACUCUCGACCUGGCCAGGUUCCAUUGA